AUUCAUACACUUAUUACUAUUCUAAGUACUGUAAUCCAUUUAUACAAUUGACUUCAUUCCAAUUCAAUAUACUAAGAGAAAUUAUUCUUAAUUUUUCCUUUGUCAGAAACGUUUUUAACAAGGAAAAAACGGUUACAUCAUCAACAAAUUGCAUUUUUGUUGUUUCUAUCCAUAAAACCGAUUACAUUAGAACAUUAGAGUGUUAAAGAAAUUCCAAUUCAUAAUUGUAAUUGAUACAAGUAAUCACAUAUCUAUAGAUAGAUAUACGCACGCACGCACACUUACAAUUACACUUGAACACACAUAUAAAUACAUACGUAUAUAUUAGACAAAAAAAGGUGUAAUAUGUGCAUAAAUAAACAAAAAUUACAAUUCAUUAGUAUUUGGUUAUUAAAUUUAUUGAUUGAAAUUGGAUUGUGCAGUACACCACAUGAAGGAUUUGCAUUUACAUUAGAAAAAAUCCCAGAACAUUGUGGUCGUAAUGCAUUUGAUUAUGAAUGGCGUAAAUAUUUUGGCAAAGCAAUAAAUAAACGUAUUGUUGGAGGUAGUGCUACAGCUUAUGGUGAAUGGCCAUGGUUAGCAUCAUUGAUGUUUUAUCAAACAGCGGAACAAGUUAAAAAACAAAAAGAAUUACAAACAAAAGCUGAUGAAGAAGAAUUAGAAUUUUUAGAUGAAAUUAGUAAAAAUAAUGAAAUAAUUUUAGAUGAAAUUGAUCCAUUUAUACCACCAUCACUUGUUUAUAAUUAUCCAGAUGGUGGUCGACGUUUUCAUUUAUGCGGUGGUACAUUAAUACAUCCACAAUGGAUAAUGACAGCGGCACAUUGUUUUUUCCCAAAUCCAUUUUAUCCACAUCUAUCAUCGGAUCCAUCAAGUUGGAUUGUACGAAUUGGUGAACAUGAUAUGCUGAAUGAAUCAAUGGAACACUACGAUAUGUCUGUGGCACAUGUUUAUGUACAUCCACAAUAUCAAUCUGCUUCUAGCAGUGGUUAUGAUAUAGCCUUGGUAAAAUUAACAAAACCAGUAAAAUUAAGUAGAUAUGUGAAUAUUGCUUGUCUACCAUCAGCUGGUGAAGAAGUAAAACCAGGUCAAGUCUGUAUAAGUGUCGGUUGGGGACAUGAAAUCGAUGGAGCCAAAAAUAUUUCUACAAUAUUGAAACAUGUUGGUGUACCAAUUGUUCCAAAUGAUCAAUGUACAAUGAAUUAUGCCACGUUACGUAAUGGACCAAAUCCUAUUGAUGUUACUAUAGAAAGUAAUGUCAUUUGUGCAGGACAUGCAGAAGGUGGUAGAGAUGCAUGUCAGUUUGAUUCUGGAGGUCCAUUAAUGUGUCAAAUUAAUAAACAAUGGAUUGUCAGUGGAAUAAUUUCAUUUGGCUACGGAUGCGGUAAAGCAGGUUAUCCCGGAGUAUACACACGUGUAUCAGAUUAUGUUCCAUGGAUUAAAGGCAUAGCUGAAGUGUUCACCUUUUAAAAAUUACAAUCUUUACUGAGUUAUAAAUAGAAAAACUAGUUAACGAAAGUUAUUAUUUCCUUUGAGUUGAACAAAUUCACAACAAAAAUAGAUUCAGAGAAAAUAAACAUAUUUUACUUCAAACAAUUUACCUGUUAAAUUGUCACUGGCGCUUUCGUUGUUGACUUAUUUAACAUAAGAAACAAAAUUUCGUUCAAAUUUCUAUUCAUUUAAAAUUAAACAAGAUAAAG